AUGCCCAGAAAACUUCGACAUCGACCUUCGGAUGAACUAAUCGAUAUAAGAGAAAGGUAGGAUUUUUUUUUUUUGAAUUUUUCAAAAAAUAUCAUAUUUGGUGUCAAAAAUUUGCAAAUUUCAUGGGAUUUUCGAAAUUUCGAGCGAAAAUUUUCCAAAAUCUUGAUUUUCAGAGGUCUACCCUGGCUAAUUUCCGUAUUUUUGGUUCUAUUUUUCCUUCUCUCACUUUUGCUGGUUUUUUUCAUUCUGACAACUCGUGAAAUUUAUUUGACGCAAAGCGGAAAAAUUUUGGAUUCUGGAGAGAAUUCGAAUUCCGAGGAGGAAGAAGAUCUGAAAAUCCACGUGGAUGUUGUGCCGAUUGUUGAUAGGAAGACCGGGAGUACGGUAUGUUCCUUUAAGCCCAGAAAUUUGCGAUUUUUUGAUACCCCACAAGCCUAGGGUUACUGUAGGAGUACGGUAGAUGAAGAAAAAGGGCCUAGGCUUAUCUGAGCUCAAAAAAUCCGGGAAUUUUCGAGCCAAGGCUCAUUUGGGCUCAAAAAAUCUGAAAUUUUCAGACCGAACCCUCCUUGGCGAUUCAAAAUCGCAAAAAUCUGGAAUACGAAACGAUUUCGGAGCCGAAAAGAGGAUAUUGGAAUUAUCCGCAUGAAAAUCAGGAGAAUUUCGAUCCGGCUCGCAAAAUUUCCGAUGGUUUUGUAGAAGGUCAAGCUGGAAGAUCAGUAGAACUUGAUCGUCAAGGUUUCAGAGAUCUACAGAAUCGCAAAUCUGAUCCUAAAAGUUCUACAGAAGUUCCAGCGAUAUCUUCAGAAGCUAGAAAUCCAGAAUCUGACCCUAGAAGUUCUACAGAAGCUCCAGUAACAUCUUCAGAAGCUAGCAAUCCAGAUUCUGAUUCUAGAACAUCUACAGAAGCUCCAGCGAUAACUUCAGAAGCUAGAAAUCCAGAUUCUGAUUCUAUAACUUUUACAGAAGCUCCAGUAAAAACUUCAGAAGCUAGGAAUCAAGAUUCUGAUUCUAGAAGUUCUACAGAAGCUUCUGAUCAUGCUUCAGAUGUUCAAGAUCAAGAUUCUGACGCUAGAAGUUCCACAGAAGCUUCAGAUGUUCAAGAUCAAGAUUCUGCUCAGAAAAAUCAUCUAGAAGUUCCAGUAACAUCUUCAGAAAUCCCCAGAAUUUCUUCAGAAGAUUCCAGAAGUUCUACAGAUAUUCAAGCCCCAGCGCAACCUUCUACAGAAUUCCAAAAUCCUGAAGUUCCAGCUCAGCCUAAUCUAGAAGUCACCAGAAUCUCGGCAGAUCUUCGGAACUCAAAUUCCGAAGUUUCCAACAUCCACGUCAAACUAUCCGAUCUAACCUAUCUGGAUCCACAUCAGCAGAAUUCAGUGGAUCAGGAAAAUCCACGUGGCAACCAAGAUUCAGCUAGACCUUCGGAAGAUCUCAGACAACAUCAGGAAAAUGCUAGAAUUCCAGAAAAUCCACGUGGCAACCAAGAUUCAGCUAGAGCUUCAGAAGCUUCAGAAAAUCCACGUGGCAAUCUGGAUUCAGCAAGAACUUCAGAAGAUCCUAGACAACAUCAAGAGCAUUCAGAACAUCAUGAAAAUCCACGUGGCAAUCCAGAUUCAGCUAGAACUUCAGAAGAUCCAAGACAACAUCCGGAAAAUGCUAGAUUUCCAGAAAAUCCACGUGGCAACCAAGAUUCAGCUAUAACAAUAGAAGCUUCUGGAUAUCCACGUGGCAAUCCAGAUUCAGCCAGAACUUCAGAAGAUCCCAAAACCCCAGAACCACGUGUAAAAUGGCACCGCGAGCCGCGAACUCGCGCCGAAACCUUCCGCACAUUCGCCGCCUCCACCCAUCACCGCGAGUGCAGCGAAAUCGCGCGGCGAAUCGCUGCCGCCGGCGGAAACGCGGUCGACGCGGCGAUCGCCGCGGAAAUUUGCAUCUCCGCGCUGCAUCCGCACGCUAGCGGACCCGGAUUUGGCAGUGUUAUGGUGGUGCACUCGAGGUGAGUGCAUUUUUCUCGAUUUUUCACGUCAAAACCCAAAUUUCCCGCCAAAAAAACUCAUUUUUCCAUCAUUUUAGCAAAUUUUCUUCCAGAAAACGCAACGGAACCUUCAUAAUCGAUGGUCGUGAAAGAGCUCCGCGCUCCGCAAAUCAAAACACCUUCGUCAUCAAUCCAUCCAUUGCUCAUAUUGGAUAUUCGUCGAUCGGAGUUCCCGGAUGGAUUUCUACACUUUGGAUCGCUUUCAAACAGUUUGCGGGUGGAAAAUUGACGUGGAAAAGUCUGGUGGAGCCGACAAUUGAGCUCAUGUUGAAGGUGAGUGGGUUUUUAAACCUUAAAAGGGGCAAUUUGCUCUUGAAAACCUGAAAAAAAGGCGGAAAAAUGCGAAAAAAUAAAAGUAAAACAACGAUGCUCCGCUUACCUGAUGUUUAUCGUAAAUCAACACUCAUCGUUUUUUUUUCGUUUUUCCCUCAAAACAGCCUGAAAUCCCUCGGAAUUAUUGAUUUUCAAGGAUUUCUGACAUUAAUUUAACUGCGUAAUCAGCUGAAAAUUCGGUUUCAGCAGCUUUUUUGUAUAGAAACCUGGAAAAUUCGUGGAAAUAAAAAAAACAACGAUACUCCGCUAGCGGCGCGCUUGCCUGUUGUUUAUCGUAAAUCGAUUUUCAUUGAUUUUUUCGGGAAUUUCCUGUUUUCCCCCAGUUUCCCGCCAAAAAUUGUUGAUUUUUCAGGCUCCGCUAAUCGAUAGACACCUCGCGGCCGCUUUCGAAUCGCGCAAAAACCACCUGCUCCACGAGAAAUCCUUCGCCACCCUCUUCACCAAAACCACCAAAGAGUCGUCGAGUUUGGACAAUUUUGAAUACGUGGAUUUUUUGCGCGAAUUGGCGAACUCUUCGCACGCGGAACACGAUUUUUAUCGCGGAAAAUGGGCACGCGUUUUGGUGGCGGAAAUCAAAGCGAGGGGUGGAUUGGUGACGCGCGCGGAUUUGGAAGGAUUUGCGAGUAUUGUGACGAGAGCGGAGAUGAUUCGGGUGGGAAAUCGAGGAAUGUUUUUGGCCGGACCACAUUUGCCUUAUUAUUUUCCGAUUUUGAGGAGGAUUUUUGAGGAAAUGGAAGGUUUGUGUGGAAAGAAGAGGGAGGAGACGCAGAGGAGCUAGACGACGAGAGAAUUUAGGAGACGGAGAAGAGUCAGACAGCUAGACAGUUAGAGACGCAGAGGAGCUAAGCAGCUGUUGACGACUAGACAGCUAGAGAAGGCUAGAAAGCUAGAGAACUUGGGAGACACAGAGAAGCUAGACAGCUAAAGAAAGCUAGACAAAUAGACAACGAGAUAGAAAAGGCUAGACAGUUAGAGAAGCAGAGGAGCUAGACGACGAAACAAAUAGAACGUAGACAGUUAGAGACGCAGAGGGCGACUCUCUAAAAUACUUAUGCUCUAGCCUUUCUAGUUGCUCUGCGUCUCUAAUAAUGCUAUGCUCUCUUGCUUCUCUGCGUCUCUUAUUAUCCAGUGAUCUCUAGCUGUCUAGCUUCUCUGCGUCUCUAAUUUCUCAUUAUCUCUAGCUUCUCUGCACUCUCUAAAAAGCUUAUGCUCUCUAGCCCCUGGGUUCUCUGCGUCUCCAAUAAUCCCAUGCUGUAGCCUCUCUAGCCGUCUAGCUUCUCUGCGUCUCUAACCAGCUAGACAGCUAGAGAAACACAGUGACUACCUUGUCUAGCAACCAGACAACCAGAGUUCCAUUUAGCUCCUCUGCGUCUCUGAUUAUCCCAUGCUCUCUAGCUAUCUCGCGCGAAGCGCCCCGGAAUCUUCCGCGCAGCGGCUCGAGCGAAGCGAGUGUAUUUCCCUCUGCGUCUCUAACCUCCCCAUUUUUCCAGCCAAAUUCUCCAACACCACCCAUCCCGAAGAACUUCUCUCCUACUUCUCAACCCUGAUUCCUCUCCUCCAAUCUGCAAAUUCAAUGAAACAAUUCGUUGGCGAUGAUCAUUUUGAGCCCGAGCUCAAAUCAAAAAUCGAUAAUUGGCAGAUCCCCGGAGCCCAGGAGCCCCCAAUUUCGAGCCCAAAAAAACCGGGCCCGCUGGCCUUUUCAAGGGUCCUAACCAUGGACCAAGAAGGAAAUACCGUGAAUUAUAUGUCACUGAAUACACAGCCUUUUGGCUCGGCCCGAAGAUCGCCUAACUACGGUUUCACCUGGAAUAACGCGAUGGCGAAUUUCGAUGUUUAUUGUAAUCAAAAAACAACGCUGGGAAUCGACGUGAAUUGUGUGAAAAGCGGCAGCCGCGCGGCAGUCCGCCAAAGUUUUCCGGCGAUUUUGUGGGAUGCGCGCGGCGCGCGCGUCGCCGCCGCGAUUUCGCCCACGAAUUUUGGAUUGGAGACGAUGGCUCAAGUGGUUUUGCACACGAGUUUGGCUAACUUGGUAAGGGUUUUGGGGGGGGGGGGGGCUGAAAUUUGGCUGAAAAUAUGGAUUUUUGAGAGAAAAUUAGUCUGAAAUUCAAAUUUUCAUGAAUUUUAACCUUUAAAAAUCUGAAAAUGGCCUAAAACCCUGUUUUUUGAGCUGAGAAGCUUGAAAAAUGGCCUAGAAAUCCAAAUUUUGAGCUCAGAACCUUGAAAAUGGCCUAGAAAUCCAAAUUUUGAACUCAGAACCUUGAAAAUGGCCUAGAAAUCCAAAUUUUGAGCUCAGAAUCUUGAAAAUGGCCUAGAAAUCCAAAUUUUGAGCUGAGAAGCUUAAAAAUGGCCUAGAAAUCCAAAUUUUGAGCUCAGAACCUUGAAAAUGGCCUAGAAAUCCAAAUUUUGAGCUCAGAACCUUGAAAAUGGCCUAGAAAUCCAAAUUUUGAGCUCAGAAGCUUAAAAAUGGCCUAGAAAUCCAAAUUUUGAGCUCAGAAGCUUAAAAAUGCCCUAGAAAUCCAAAUUCUGAGCUCAGGAAGCCUAAAAAGCCUAAAAUUCAACAAAUUUUGGCCUAAGAGCCUAAAAAUGGCCUAGAAACCCAAAUUUUACCCCCAAAAUGACCCAAAUUUAAUUCUAGACCUUCUCCGAUGCUCUGAAUUCGGCCCGAAUCUACACAUCCACUCCAAACUCCGAAAUCCACGUGGAAACCGGAAUUCCCGACGAGAUAUUCCGCAAUUUAUGGUCCCAAAAUCACGCCAAAUUCACCCAUCCCACCAAUCCGGUUACUGUAAUUGCUAGAGAAUCUGAAAAUGCUGAAAAUUUCAGCGUUUUUUGCGAUCAUCGUGAGAAUUUCCGGAUUCGCAGCUGUAAUCCGGCUGGAUUUUGA